UCAAUCCGGAGCGAGCGCCGCUCAUGAUAUACCUGCAAGGAGGUCCCGGCAAGUCGGGUACAUUCGGCCAGUUCCUGGAGGUUGGGCCUCUGGGCGUCAACUCGGAGGGGAUCCUCUACCGGAGACCGCACACCGUCCAGAGGAUGUUCAACGUCAUCUUCCUAGACCAGCCGGUAGGGUCGGGCUUCAGCUUCAGCAAGUCCCCGAUGGGCUACGCGCGCAGCAUCGACGACUGCGUGGCGGGCUUGCGAGAGUUCCUCAGGCAGUUCCUGCUGUUGUUCCCGGAGAACAGGAACCGCGAGCUCUACGUCGCCGGCGAGAGUUACGGAACUCGAGGAGCCGUAGCCCUGGCUCACAGCCUCAUGACGAAUGCGGAUCCCGGCCUACCGCUUAGGGUGUCUGGCGUGAUUGCUGGGUCCCCAGUCUUCAACAGCCCCCUAGACCACUUGGACUCUGCCGACACGCUGUACCACUUCGGCAUGCUCGACGCCAACGGGCGCGACAUGUUCGCACAGGCGAUGCACCGCAUCCGCCAACUGUGGACCACCAACCACACUGUGGCGCUGCACCUCCUUAGUCACACCAUCUUCCGGCUGCACCAUUCGGGCAGCCUCUUCACUAACCUCACCGGUUACAGUGACCACGGGGGCCUGCUCGAUUGCCGGAGGCCCCGGGAGUUCGUCCACUACUACCGGUACAUGCAGAAGCCGCUUUUCAAGAAAUCUCUGCACCUGCGCUCCCAGGCUACAGUGGAGAGUAGCCGGCUGCUGGUCAUGCUGUACCUUGCCGGCGACUACAUCGUGGACCUCCGAGAAAAAGUCGAGUACCUGCUCGACGCUACGAAGAUGCUGGUCUUCUGGGGGCAGCUAGACACGGUGUUCCCAGCGGUUAAGCAAGAGAAAUACUUGCUGUCGCUCAACUGGACGGGGACAGCGGCACUGAGAAAGGCAGCGAGGAGACCCUGGCAUGUGUCCGGGCCCGGGUCAAGACUUGUCGGCUACGCCAGGACGACCAAGGACCUGACAUAUGUUGUUUUGACUCGCUCUGGACACCAGGUGCUGUUCCACGCGUCCGAAACCGUGUAUAAUAUGAUCGAACGCUUUGUGACCGGCGUCAACAUUGUCAACUCCAGGAGAAACGUGUUGGGUGUGAAUUAGCGCUCUUUAACAUUGCCGCAAUUUUGUGAGUAAUAAUGUCAUUAAACGCUAGGGGCCCGAUCGGUCAAUGCGAAUAAAUCGGAAGCAGGAAGUCGUUCCUUGCGACACUGGUCAGAAAUUGUUGAUGAGACAUUCAAGGUGAGGCUUAAUGGUGUUACCACAGGUUGAGAUGAAGGAUGAUGUAAGUGGCGUAGUCCCCGUGAACUAGUAUAUACAUAGGUGAUUGGAUAAAUCGG